AUGAGCCUAAGUUUAAACACGAUGAACACUGACGACAAUAACGACACAUUCACCUUGGCUCAGGAGCACGACGACGGCAAAAAGGCCGCUCCUGCACCUACUGAAGACGUCGCAACAGCUGAUCGCGAAAGGGGAAGCAGAGAUGUCACCAAACGGAUUCUCAACGCGCUUCUCGGUCUGGAAGAGCGUGUGAUGCGCAUGGAGGCUUCGCAGAUCAAGGCUGAAGAAGACGAGCGCAUGCACGGGCAAAUUGAGAGUGGAAUGUUCAUCUCCGCGCUCGGACGUGAGUUUGGGAGAAAAACGAUGACGCGAGACGCUCUCAGAUUUGCCCCGGCAGUGAGCAACGCCCCGUCACCACACGGCCCUCCCUAA